AUGGCUCCCCUUCCUUAUGCCAUAGACACGCCCAUGAAUGCUCCCGUCCCGACUGCCAUUCCUCUCUCUCAUCUCCCUCGACCAGACGAUGAAACACUCGGGAGUAUCUACAUCGACGGGCGAGAUGCCGAGUCUGACAACAAGAUCUUUCGACCGAACGACAAGAGAUCCCGGCGCAGAAGUGCUAACGCCAAUCCUGAUGACGAUGAGGUCGAGGACAGAGACGAGGACGAUAACAAUGACAACAAGGAUAAAGACAAGGCUCCCAAUCGUGGGAUCAUCAGCGUCGUCUGGUGCUCCUGCUUCCUCGUCAUCUACCUCAUGAUGCCCCGGUCUAUGAGGCCCCAACCGAAAGGUUACCCGGUCUACCGCUGGGCCGUGUUGGGGACCUUCUGGGGCACGCUCUUCACUUUCGCACCUAUCAUCGUCUCUCUCCUGGGCAUCUGGCUAUUGCUCUACUGCCUCUUCGCUCAUCCACUUGCAGUUCUCGCGCGACGUGCCACCGGAAAGAGGAGAAAGCCACGAAGUCACUGGCACCCCGCUAUCCUCCUCAACCGUAUCGUGUUUCCCAGCGAAGACAACCUGCCGCCCAAUUCUGAGAACAAACCCGAGACCGAUACGGAGAGAGCAGCUCCCAAUACCAUCCGUAGCUCCGAGCCGUCGGUGUCCUUGAUGCCUGGCUCGCCUCAACAAGUUCAUUCUAACCCCACCCAACCCCCGUUGUCUACCGUACCGGAGCAAGUCGAACACCAGAGAGAGACGCAGAGACCGCAGCAAGAGCUUAGGGGUCAGCGAGAUGCUGUCGAAGGAGCCCCUGCAAUAAUGGAUCCCGGCCCUAGUCUAGCUCAGUCUGCGCGGAAAACACAGGAUCAUGGCGGCAGACACCGUUCGGUACAUUUCGCAGGGGAGGAUGCCAUUUUUACCAGUCCCAAUAGUGCAGAUCGAUCUUCUGCUCCCCCUCAGGAUGCCUCUCCUAAACGAGAUGAAGUCACCGUCACCGCACCUUCGACGUAACAACUGGGACAUGUGUGGACUCGGAGAAGCCGGGGUGGAAAUAUCAACAAAGCACGUUGUUUUCUUUCUGUGGCAUAGGGCUUAGUGUCGUCUUGGAAAAGGCGAGAGUAUUAGGGGAACUGCUGAUUGUACGAGCAUACGUAUUAAGUAUAGAUAAUUCGAACAGUAUUGAAUGU